AUGGCCCCNUUGCAGAACGAGCGUGCUUUCCAAAAGCAGCCGACUGUCUUCCUCAACAAGAAGCCUCCGGCAGGUCUUGGAUCGAAGUACCGCAAGGUUACUCGAUACGUCCGCAAGGUUGGCCUGGGAUUCCGCACCCCCAAGGAGGCCACCGAGGGCAAUUACAUCGACAAGAAGUGCCCAUUCACCGGCAAUGUGGCCAUCCGAGGGCGCAUUCUUCGAGGCGUCGUUGUCAAAAACAAGAUGCAGCGAACCAUUGUCAUCCGCCGUGACUACCUUCACUACAUCCGAAAGUACAACCGUUUCGAGAAGCGCCACAAGAACAUGUCUGUCCACCUGUCCCCGUGCUUUAGAGAUGUUGCUCUUGGAGAUGUCGUGACUGUUGGCGAGUGCAGACCCCUCAGCAAGACCGUCCGCUUCAACGUCUUGAAGGUGACCAAGUCUGCAAGCUCUAAGAAGCAAUUUAACAAGUUCUAA